AUGUUCCAUCUACCCUCACCUGAAAACCUAAACUCCAAUCAACCCUCACACUCCAAGCUUAGUCUUCCGACCAUCGAUCUGGAAGGAAUCAACGAAGAUCCUAUCCGGAGAAAAGAGGAUAGUGAGGUGAAGAAACAGUGGUACGCUAGGGAUCGCAACGGGAAACAUAAGUUUGUGCACCACAGCAACUUUGACUUGUACACUGCAGUGGUGACUAACUGGCGAGACUCUUUCUUUUGCACCAUAACUCCUGAUAUUCCUCAACCCACGAGUUGCCAUCGCCUUGCAGAUCAUGUUGGUGGCUUUAAGAUCUUAUAUCAAAACCAAUGGACUGAUGUUCAUCCUACACAAGGAGCUCUUGUAGUGAAUGUUGGAGAUCUUUUACAGGCAUGCAUUUCUCUCUAUCUCAAGCUUAAUAUCGUCGCAAUAUUGCUAGUUACAAAUGACAAGUUUGUGAGUUCACGACACAAGGUGGUGGCAAACAAGGUUGGUCCAAGAGUAUCAGUGGCAUCAUUCUUUAUGAGUGAGACCUUGCAAGUUAUUGAACCAAUCAAGGAGUUGCUUUCGAAAGAUAAUCCGGCCAAGUAUAGAGGCACAACAGCGAAAGAAUACGUGGAUUACUAUAGAGCAAAAGGAAUUGAUGGUACUUCUGCUCUUUUGCAUUUCAAGAUCUAG